CCAACAAGAGACUAACUGGGCUGAGGCUGUAUCAGAAUCAUGGACCCCAGAGACACUAUCUUUCUCUGUCUCAGGGAAUUUCCUGUUCCUCUCAUAACUGCCACACCUGGUUCUGUGAUUCCCUGGAAUGAGUCUGUGAAGAUCCUGUGUUGGGGGACUCCUGAGUCUUACUUGUACCAACAGGAAAUCCUGGGAAACUCCACAUUUGAGGUGGUGAAGAAGAAAUUGGGAUUUCAGAAGAAGGCUGAAUUCCUCACUGAACACAUGAAUCCAAACACUGCAGGGUGUUAUCAGUGCCAGUAUAGGAAACAGGACCACUGGUUGGAGCACAGUAAAGCCUCGGAGCUGGUGGUGACAGGCUUCUACAACAAACCCUUCUUCUCUGUUGACCAGGGCGUUGUGGUGAUGCUAGGGAAGAAUAUCUCCCUGCAGUGCAGUUCAGCACACAUCCCAUUUGAUAGAUUUUCACUGAUCAAGGAAGGAGGAGCCACCCUGUCACAGAACCAAAAUGGCAGACACCAAGGCAACUUCACUCUAGGUCCUGUGAACCAAAGCUUCUCAGGGAACUACAGGUGCUAUGGUUGGUACAGCGGCAGCCGUUAUGUGUGGUCAGCCCCCAUGAUGCCCUGGGGCUUGUGGUCACAGGUAGGUGCACCCCAGCCCAGCCCUGUGUCCUCCUCCUUGGGGCCUUGGCCUCCGGCAGGAAUACAAAGAGGGACACUGAGAAAGAACAGUGAGGCAGUAGAGGCUGUGAAGAGAGAAAGACUUUCAUCCACACCCCAUUUGAUUUUCACAUCCUCUCCUAGAGUUCUCCAGACAGUGCCCUUUAAAAACAUGUGGUCUGUUGAGAAUGGAGCAGCCAAAGUUCAGAAUCACGUUAAGGGGCAUUGUUGAGACAAUAGAUCCCAGACACCACCUCAGACUAACCCACCUCUCUUCUUCACAUCCUUGGUUGCAUCUGGAAACCCUUAAACUAACCUUCAGUACUAUAGGCUGCUCUGAGUGAUUGGCUGGAAAUUUAUGGCUUGUGGAAAGAACUCUAAAAACUCUAACAUGAGACCCAUUAUCAUAGUGUUUGCACCUCUCUAAUUGGCAGAAGAAGACAAGUUACAGCAAAGGAAAGCAACUGCUGACUGCUGCACAGGGCAACCACAUUCAUCUCUCGUGCCCACCUUGUCCAGUCACUCUACAAGCUGAGCACGUAUAGUAGUCAUGGCACUGUAAGAUCAUAGAGGCUAGAGUGCUUUUUCAUUUAACAGUGCAUAGAUAAUUGGGCACUGAUGGAGGAGGAGUGAAUUUAUUAGUCUUUUUCUUUAAAGCAGAUAGCCACAGUAUCUUGUCUUAGAAAUCAUCUAUUGGAUUAUCCCAGUGUUGGGAUAAUACUAUCCUGUAUUAUCCUCUCAAACUCAAAAUACUGUGCAUUUUGUAAUUAGGAACUAAUUUGAAAUUCCAAAUCCAUUUGAAAUUAUUUCAGUAUUUUAACAAGAGAGUUACUAUGAUUUCUGAGCAUUGUCAUUUCACAGUAUUUUAUUACAUCCUUGAAAGGGACAUGGGCCCGGAAAGUCCAUAUAACAAAUGAAGAAUUUUUUUUUAAUGAUUCAGAGAACAGCAAUGUCUAGUGAACAGUCACACAAUAGUGGAGAUACAAUUUACCUAAGAUUAUCUGAAAAUUUUCUCUGAGCUACUUCCCAUAUACCAACACUGCUGUAUCCUUUGUCAUGUAUG